AUGGCCUGGAGUUGCUUUGUGGCCCUGCUUCUGCUGGUGGCAUCUCCCCUGAGAUUGGGUCAGCAUCUGCAUCCCAAGCCUGGCCUUGGGUACAGCUAUGACUGUGGGGUGCAGGGCAUGCAGCUGCUGGUGUUCCCCGGGACAAACCAGACUGUCCAAUUCAAGGUUCUGGAUGAAUUUGGGAACAGGUUUGAGGUGAAUAACUGCUCUAUCUGCUACCACUGGGUCAUCUCUGAGCCCCAGGAGCCCGCAGUGUUCUCAGCUGAUUACAGAGGCUGCCACGUGCUGGAGAAGGAUGGGCGGUUCCACCUGAGAGUGUUCAUACAAGCAGUACUACCCAAUGGCCAUGUGGAUACAGCACAAGAUGUCGCUCUGAUCUGUCCCAAACCAGACAUUUUGACUCCAGACCUCUACCUGGCUCCGCCCUCUACACCCGAGCCCUCUACACCCCAUACUUUAGCUCUCCAUCCCAUCUCUGGUCACAUCUUGGCUGGGUCUGGCCAUAUUCUUAGUACCUUGUACCCAGAACACAGUUUCAUCCAUUCAACUCCUGCUCCACCAUCCUUAGCAUCUGGACCUACUGGACCCACCAUGCCUCAUCCCCAGUGGGGCACCCUGGAGGCAGAUUCUGUAGGUACCCAUCUGCCCCAGGAGCAGUGUCAGGUAGCCUCUGGACACAUCCCCUGCAUGGUAAAAGGUAGUUCCAAGGAAGCCUGUCAGCAGGCUGGCUGCUGCUAUGACAACACCAGAGAAGUGCCCUGUUACUAUGGCAACACAGCCACUCUCCAGUGUUUCAGAAGUGGAUACUUCAUCCUGGUCAUGUCACAAGAAACAGCCCUGACACACAAGGUCAUGCUGGACAAUGUCUACCUGACCUAUGCCCCCAAUGGAUGCCCCCCUACCCAGAAGACAAGUGCUUUCGUGGUCUUCCAUGUCCCUCUUACCCUCUGUGGAACGACAAUCCAGAUGGUGGGUGAGCAGCUCAUCUAUGAGAACCAGCUGGUGUCUAACAUUGAUGUCCAAAAGGGGCCACAGGGCUCCAUUACUCGGGACAGUGUCUUCCGGCUUCAUGUUCGCUGCAUCUUCAAUGCUAGUGACUUCCUGCCCAUCCAGGCAUCUAUCUACUCACCCCAACCACCUGCUCCCGUGAUCCAGUCUGGACCCCUGCGGCUGGAGCUGAGGAUUGCCAAGGAUGAGACUUUCAGCUCCUACUAUCAGGCGAGUGACUACCCUCUUGUGAGACUGCUCCAGGAGCCGGUCCAUGUAGAGGUCCGUCUCUUGCAGAGAACUGACCCCAGUCUGGUCCUGGUGCUACACCAGUGCUGGGCCACUCCCACUGCCAGCCCCUUCCAGCAGCCCCAGUGGCCCAUCCUGUUAGAUGGGUGUCCCUUCAAGGGUGACAACUACAGAACACAAUUGAUGGCUGCAAACAGGGCAGAGCUGCCCUUCUGGUCUCACCACCAGCGCUUUACCAUCGCCACCUUCACUCUCCUUGACUCCAGCUCCCAGAAUGCCCUUAGGGGACAGGUCUACUUCUUCUGUAGUGCCUCUGCCUGCCAUCCUGCAGGGCCCGAGACAUGCUCUACUACAUGUGACUCUGGGAUGGCAAGGCGUCGCCGAUCCUCUGGUCACAACAGCACUAUCCGGGCCCUGGACAUUGUGAGUUCUCCAGGAGCAGUGGGCUUUGAGGAUGCUGCUAAACUUAAGCCUUCAGGCUUCAAUCCGAACUCCAGUUCAAGCCCCCUGCUCUGGGUGCUGUUCCUGCUGCUAGCCAUCACCCUGGUCCUGGGAGCUGGUGUCUUUGUGGGUCUGAGCUGGGCCUGGGCCCAGAAGCUCCAGAAAGGAACCAGAUGUUAA